AUGGUUGUCGCUGGGAUUGACAUUGGCACGACCCACGGCUGCGUGGGCGUGUGGCAGAAUGGCAAGGUGAACAUCAUCGCCAAUGACCAAGGCUUCCGCACGACGCCUGCUUACGUGUGUUUUGAGGGGGACGAGGUGAUUGUGGGGGACACGGCGGUCAAUAAGCUGGCGUCACAUGCGGACAAUACGAUUUUCCACCUCAAACGUCUGUUAGGCAAGGCCCACGCUGACGUGAAAGACCGGGAGUUUGUCAAGGAGUGGCCAUUUGGUGUCACGGAGGGGGCAGACGGCGUGGCACAAGCGGAGACUCAGCGCAACGGCGAGAAGCACGCGGUGGAUCCCGUGGAGUUUAUGACGUUGUUGUUGCAGAACCUCAAGGAUCUGGCCGAAGACUUUACGGGUGAAAAGCUCGAGCACGUGGUCAUUAAUAGACCAGCGCACACGGACGAGAAGUACACGGAGCUGCUGGAUGCAGCGGCCAAGAAAGUCGGUGUCAAUGUGCUGACGUACCUGAGUGAACCCCUGGCAGCUGCGAUUGCGUACGGACUCGACGAAGCCGCAAACAAUGACAAGCCGGAGUUUGUCCUCGUGUUCGACAUUGGUGGGGCUACGCACGAUGUCACUCUACUGAACGCUGACAAAGGCCUGUUCGAGGUCGUGGCUAGCAAAGGUAACGACACUCUUGGUGGCGAGGACUUUACCGCUGCCAUCUUUGAACACUGUGCCAAGUCAUUCCUUCGCAAGACGAAGCUGGACGUGAAACCCAACCAGAAGGCGUCAAGUCGGCUUCGGCUUGCAUGUGAGGCUGCCAAGCGUUCGCUUUCCACGCAGACACAGGCGAACAUUGAGGUGGACUCGCUCAUGGAGGGUGAGGACUUUGCGCUGAAGCUGUCGCGUCCUCGUUUCGAGGAGCUCAUCAACGACGAUGUGCUGAAGACCAUCACGGAGAUUGAAGCGAUUCUGAAGGACAAUGAGCUCGAAAAAGAAGACAUCGACCACGUUGUACUGGUCGGUGGUUCUUCCCGUGUUCCGCUCGUGCAGACGCUCAUCAAGAAGUUCUUUGAGGGCAAGACGCUGCACACGCAGCUCUCGCCUGAUGAGGCAGUUGCCUUUGGUGCUACCAUUGAAGCCUCCUGUUUGGCUGAGCUCCUUGGCUCCGAGGCACCCACGAAGCCAUUGAACAUGGUGAACGUGGUGCCAUUGACCCUGUCGGUGGCUCUUGCCAAUGGCAGUGUGUCGGAGCUUAUCCAGCGCGACACUAUCCUGCCUGCCUCGGCCACAGAGGUCUUUACUACCUCCUCGGACAACCAAGAAGCAGUGUUCUUGCAGAUCUACGAGGGCCAGCGCCUCAUGGCGAAAGACAAUACGCUGGUAGCGCAGCUGAGCGUGGCGGGCAUCACGCCGCUGCCCAAAGGCGAUGCUGAGAUCGACGUGACGUUUACAGUGAGUACCAAGGGCGUGUUAACAGUGACGGCUUCCGAGCGCAAGGCCGGCAGCAAGUCGUUGGAGGUGACGCAUGACUCGACACGUUUGACACCUGCUGACGUUGCAGCGAUUGUCAAGAAGGCAGAAGACGCUGCGGAUGAAGACGGAGAGCUGCUGGGCGAGCUUGAGGACGCGGAGGAGGCCGAGGAAGCUGCCGAGCUCGAGGCAGCUACGGCCGAGGUCGAACCUGCUGGUGGUGUGCCGGUUGUGCCGACGCAGGACCUAGACUAA